AUGCGGGUGAUUCCCGGAGACCCCGCCAUCCAACUCCUUGCCGCCGGUGGAGAUGCCAGCUACACCGAGGAGGACCUGGCUAAGAAGCGCAACGACCUGGGGAUAGACCGCCCGCUGGUUGUGCAGUACGUCGAUUGGAUAUGGGGAAUGCUCCGGGGAGACAUGGGCAAGGCCCUCUACUAUCAGAGGCCGUUAAGCGAAGAACUCAGCCCACGCAUCCCCAUCACCUUCGAGAUAGCAAUCCUGGCGAUGAUCAUCAGUAUAGUGCUGGCGGUCCCGCUGGGGAUAGUUUCCGCUAUUACCCAGGACUCCCUGUUCGACUAUAUAGGGAGGGGCUUCACUAUAUUCGGCAUCAGCGUGCCCAUCUUCGUGACCGGCAUAGUGGCGAUUUAUAUCCUGGCCCGUGUGUUUAACUGGCUGCCUCCGUUCGGUUACGCCAAGCUUUGGGAGGCGCCCUGGGAAAACCUGCAGCAAAUCUUCUUUCCGGCCUUGACCUUAGCCAUCUUUCAAAUGAACUUCACCGCAAGGGUCACCCGGUCGGCGAUGUUGGAAGUGCUACGGGAGGACUAUAUCCGGACCGCCAAGUCUAAAGGACUCCACGAGCGGGUGGUAUUGGGCCGACAUGCUUUGAAGAAUGCUUUGCUCCCUAUUUUCGGCGUCGCCGGAUGGUCUUUGGCCAUUCUUCUGGGCGGCUCGGUGAUAAUCGAGCAAAUUUUCGUUGUGCCCGGAUUGGGCCGCCUCCUGAUAGAGAGCAUUGGGCAACGGGACUAUAACCUGGUCCAAGGGGUGGUUAUCGUGUUCUCGGUCGCGGUGUUGACCGUGAACCUGCUUGUGGACUUGGCCCUGGCAUGGAUCGACCCGAGGAUUCGGUAUGCUUAG